AUGAAAUUGUGGAGGAGGUUGCUCGCUGAAACCUACGGGACAGCUGCUCUUACGUUUAUAAUCUUUGCAAGCCACGGGAACGCCUUUGCAGUUGGCAUUGGCUUCUGGGUUAUCAUUGUAGGUACUGGCUUUAUCGGUGGAGCUCACUUCAACCCAGCAGUCACUCUCGGAGCCAUUGUCAAGGAAUGGUGGUUCACGAGAACAUUCGAAAAGAACUUCCUGAAAGAACAUCUUUUAUAUUUCCUUUGCCAGAUUGUCGGAGCCUUAUUUGGAGCGCUUUUGGGUACUUUAAUUUCAGGUGGACACUUCUAUGUUGGCGUUCCAGCAGGAGAAACCAAUCUCGAAGCUUAUCUAGCAGAAGCUGCAUUCACUGGACAUUUAGUGCUUGUAGUGUUGGUAACUAGCGCAGUUUUGGACUCUACAAUUGCAGCAGGCAUGGCUAUCGCCUUUACAGUCCUUGCAGGAAUUAGAACUGUAGGACACAUUUCAGGAGGAUGCUUCAACCCAACAGUCUGCAUUGCUAUUGAUGUUGUGCAAGCAAUUCGCUAUAGCGAUGACUCAUUUAACUACUUGGACAGUGUCCCAGUUUACCUUCUUGGACCUCUUAUUGGAGUAAUAGUAGGUGUCGGACUUGCAAUUAUUUUCUUGACAGAAAGAAACGAGAAGAACGAGUCUGUGCUUAAAGAAGACGCUCCUCACCUUGAUGCUGGUCUUUUCUCAACCGCCAAGAAAGCUAAAUAA